CAACUUCGGAGUUUCAUCUUUCGACUUGAAAGAAGACCUGCACUCGCACUUUCACACAAACUCAUUUCUCUUCUAUCCCGCAUCAACCCGACCCGAAAAAAUGCGACCCAAAUCGGAGAACCCCGCACAACACACCUCCACCCACACCACCACCGACUCAUCCUCCACCGCAUCAAUGGAUCCAAUCUUCCACCUCAUCAAGAUCCUUCCAUUCACCUUCCUCCGUCCACCUCGUCUCCGUCUGAAGCUACCAUCACUAUCCCUCCCUUCAUCCAACGUCGUCUUCGCUCUCGUUCUCCUCACCUACUUCAUGGUCGUCUCCGGCAUCGUGUACGACAUCAUAGUUGAGCCUCCUGGCAUUGGUUCAAUUCAAGAUCCAUACACCGGAUCGGUACGACCUGUCGUUUUCAUGUCCGGCCGUGUUAACGGUCAGUACAUCAUUGAAGGUCUCUCUUCUGGAUUCAUGUUCGUUCUCGGUGGUAUUGGGAUCAUAAUGUUGGAUCUUGCUCUUGAUCGUAACCGUGAUAAAUCUGUUAAGGUUUCUUAUGCUUCUGCUGGUGUUUCGUCGAUUGUUCUUUCUUAUGUUAUGAGUAUGCUAUUCAUUCGCAUCAAGAUCCCUGCUUAUCUUAGUUGAAUUUCGUUCUGCUUUUUUUUUUAGUGGAAUUUUAUGGAAUUUGUAGUUUGACUGUUUAUGAGAUUUUGGCAUUUUCUGGCUCCCGUUUAUGAUAGUUUAGGGUUGCUGAAUUGAAAUGCCUAUAGUUACUGGAUCUGAUUUUGUGAUAUUUAUAUUUUAAAGUCUUUUAGUUGGUUUGGUAUACUUGAAAUUGGGGGUCAAACAUUUUCCACGUAAAACUGUUGUGGUUAUACUAUGUGGUUUUUCUUGUU